UGCUUUACCAAGAUGUCAAAGAAGGGGAACACAUUGACAUUCUGGGGUAAUGAAGCCACCAUGAAUCUUAAUAGUCUUGUGCUUACUAAUAUACAAUCAUCUCCCUAUUUCAAGAAUGGAUUAAUCAAACUCAAAACUUAUCAUGAAGUUAUUGAUGAGAUAUAUUAUAAGGUUGACCAUCUUGAACCAUGGGAGAGGGGGAGUAGACAGACAGCUGGACAAGUUGGUAUGUGUGGUGGGGUACGAGGUGUUGGUUGUGGUGGUAUUGUCUCCUCAGCCUACUGCCUUCUAUUUAAGCUGUACACAUUGAAACUGACUCGUAAGCAAGUGAAUGGACUGUUGACACACACAGAUUCCCCCUUCAUUCGUGGGCUGGGCUUUAUGUAUAUACGAUACACUGCACCUCCUGCUGAUCUAUUUGACUGGUUUGAACCUUAUUUAAAUGAUGAAGAGGAGAUUGACCCAAAGGCAGGUACUGGGGCGCCAAUGACGAUAGGAGAAAUGCUGCGUUGUUUGCUUACCAAGCAAGAAUGGUUCUCCACUUUGUUUCCUCGCAUUCCAGUUCCAAUCAUGAAGGAAAUUGAAAACCGGAUGCCACCACGCAAUAUACAGAAAGCCGUAGAAGACCAUGAGGAUGAGAACAAUGUAGAUAAUAAAGAGAUCGAGAGAAGAGACCGUCGCUUCAGAGCUUCACCUGAUAUCCAACGACCGAGAAGCUCAGAGAGAAGAAGAAGUAAUAGUCGUGACAAACGGGGAAGUUACAGCCGCGAUAGAGUUAGAAGCCGCAGCAGGGACCGAAAACGUAGUAGGAGUCCGGUUAGAAGACGGAGAAGCCAUAGUCGAGAUCAUGUCCGCAGAAGUAGAAGUCGGGAAAGAUACCGCAAUAAGGAAUAUCAACGGAGAAGAAGUCGGAGCCGGGAACGUCACCGUAGUCCACACCGAUCAAACAACGAGUCUCGCAAGCAUGAUUUUUCAGAUGAUCUUAAUCGUGAAAGAGCUAGACAGGAGAAAGAAUUUAAAAGGCAGAAUCGAAGUAGGAGUGGAGAUCGAAGAGAAGAAAGCAGAAAGAAAGAAAAGAGUAAGAAAGACAGAAGUGAAAGCCGCGAGAGAAAAAAACACAAAAAGAGUAAGAAGCACAAGAGGGAUCGAAGUAGGAGUGCAGAUCGAAAACGAAGCAGUAGUCAAGACAGGUGAUGAGCACUCUCAUGCAUCUUUAUGAGAUUCUAUUGAAGCCUGCGUCAGAUGUAUUGAAGGGAUAUCCAGGUUAUGUUUUUAAAAAUUCCAUCUCAAUUUUGGAGAAAAACUUUCUUGAAAUCUGCCUUGUUGGAAUUUUACUUUAUGAAAUGACAUUUCAAAUUGCAUUUUGUAAUUAUGUGAUGUUUUUAUGAGUUAUUAAUACGUCGCAUAAAAUGUUGGAUCACAAACUUAUUCAUACAAAUGAUGAAAGCUAGUAAUUAUUCAUGGAAGUUCACAACUUCCAUGUACUUAUACUGUUAUACUAUAUAUUUUUUUUGGAUUGAGAGUUGUUAAAGUCAGAUAAUUAAACUUCAUUUUGUGAAAUAAUAGCCACCACAACCUUUUACAAGUGGUGUUAUAAUGUAUACCACAUGCUGAACUUCUGUUGUUCAUAUUUAUGCAAAGUAAAACAGAAUGCCGUAUGUACAUGUUAUUGGUUACUGUAUGGUUCAGUAUAGAAUAAGACUUAGCUGGCUCAAAAAAUUGCUGGCUCUGCACUACUUUACAGUCAGUCACCAGUUGUACAGCUCAGGAUGCUUACAUUUUCAUCAGCAUUACAAGUUAGAAAUGCAGGCAAGCUUUCAUUAUGUAAAUAUGUAGGACCUGUACAUGAACAUUAGGACUGUUUCAAGUGUAGUGCAGACAACAUGGGACUGUAUUUUGUAAUGUUGGUGUAAUAAUGAAAGUCUAUUCUUUUCAAGGGAUGGGGGUGGGUUUGGUUGGAAGAUGGGAGAAGAAGAAUUGCAUUUAAUUUCUUAAAUUUUUAACAAAUAAUUCUGAUGGUUUCUGAGUAUUUUACUUUAUUGUAUUGUAAUGAUGGUCGACAUAUAUACAUUUUUGUUUCCAACUUCUGUUUAAGAAUUCAGUCAGAACACAUAAUAAUAUAACAUAGUACUGUAGCUUGAAAAUGUCAUUUAUAUUACAUGUAAAAUCCAACAUAUUGUUAAUCUGCACAACUUUAAAUCUUCAAACAAUUUCUGGUAAAUAUAAUUUUACAAAUUUUCUCCAACAUAAUAUCUAUUUUUAAGACUGUAAAUAUUGUUAAUACUAAAUGAGUGAUUACUGUAUUGUUGUGAUGGAUAUGCAUAUUUAUUAUACCUCAUAAAUAUUAAUUAGGCAUUCAACAACACUUUAUUGGUCCACCUGGUAAGUGAUGCGGCAGCCUCUACUACUUCACUGCAUGUGCCAAAUUUAUUUGUACAUGGGGAGACUACCGCACCACUGCCUAUGUGAAACAUAUGCAGACUGCAUAAUUUUGCCCUCGCAGUUCGAAAUGGCUAAUGUAGACGGACGGUUUGCUGCUUAAUAUUUAUAAGGUUUAGUAAAACAAAUACAACAUGGUUUUAUUUCAGUAAAGCAGUGAAUUAUACUUCCCCUGUUGUUAAGUGAUUGGGACUACUUCCUUUUGCUUUGCAUCAGAAAGUGGUCCUAAUCAUACAACACCUUGGGAAGUAGAAUUCACUACUAAACUUCAAACCAUGUUGUAAUUUAUAAUAUUAUAUAUGUUAAUUUUGAUAUAAUUUACCCAUUGAAUAAAGUGAAAACUCAUGCAUUGGUAUUAAUUUCAAUAAAUGAUUAAUUAUUAUUUUCAAUUUCUGUAAGAGAUGUGUUUUAUCAGAGUUUAUUAAUAUUACUUUAUUAAAGAUUUUUCAUUUCUGAUGAUCUUCUAAUGUUUCUUGGUUUUAGUUGUUAAUCCUUUUGGCUCAAUUUAUACUUGUUCCUAAAACAGAUUUUUUUUUUUUGUGACUACCCCCGUAUUGAAGCUUUUCUUGGUACUGUAUUGCUUAAUUAAAUGUUUUGUCUUGAUAUCUGUCCAAUUUCUUGUCAGGAUGGUUCACAGAUCGUAUGUAAAAAAUGGAAUUUCAGAAAUGGUGUAGUUACAUGUUUUAGAAUUGGCAGUUUGGUACCAUGUUCCAGCCUAUACGAACCAUUAAAUCUUUAGGUAGGCCUACUUAAUUUACAUAAUAGUUCCCUUUUAUUUAGAGAUUCAGUCUUUAAGUUGUCCUGUUUUUGCCAACACUGUAAAUUAGAUCUCUUUGUGAUCAAAUAAAAACAAAUUGUUCAUGUUUUUAA